AGUCUGGUCUUCAAACUCCAACUUGGUGUAAUGCUCUGGCUCAAGAGGCUCCAGGACUCCUAUAACUUUACCGUACUGGCCAGAUCCGCCGCUCUGCUUCUUAUGAGUGAAGUCAAACCUGCAGAAAGUGGCACAAAAUAUUCACACUUUGUUUAUAAUUACAAUUUUGACCAAAUAAGUACGCAAGUUAAAACAAACAGCAAUGAUAUACAUACACACUCAUUUCUUUGGAAAAUGAAUUUGAUUUCAUCAUUAAUUCAGUUUCAAUAAAGUAUUACAGGCUUUAUUAAUGACAGUUUUUAGCCACUUGAGGCGAUCUCUCUUUAUGUGUUUGCCACUGAACAGAACUGUCAAUCGUGAACAGAAGUAUGAUUUUAUUGAUGUUAUUCUUGUAUAAGAAGUUACAUGAACUUGUACCUUCAUUUGUCAGACUUCAGUUAUUAGUGUUGGACUUUAUGGGCAAAAAAAUAUCAUCAGUUUUGGCUCUGAGAAGUUACUGUCUAUUUGCUGGCAUCGUUUAUUAUAUAAAGCUGAUCAAUAGGGAGGAGAGGAAACAACAAAAAAGAGCUCUGUCUCUUUAAAAAAGGGGGCAGGCCUCAAAGAGUUCUGAUGUCACAGGAAGAAGGAAGUAGACUUUCCAUUUGUAUGGGGAGCAGCUGAGACUGAACAUCGGACAGAUCACAGUUUCCACCCGCUAAGUUAACAGACAGGGAGUUGCGGCAUUCCAGUUACAGCAAGAAGUAUUAGAGGAAGAGGAGGCUGCAGAGGAUGUGAUGGCCACCGGAGAGCUGAACCCCAAUCACUACCCUGCUCAGAGGGCGGCCAAAGUGGUCCAGCACUACCUCAACACCCGUUAUGGCUCUCCAUACAGGCUGUUCGGACUGCAGAGGGUCCACAGUGGAAACGCAGAGGAUGUGGCAGACUCUGGGAGAAAGUAUCAGCUGGAGAUCUCAGUGCAGGAGAUGAUCGGCAACACCACAGAGAAAUGCUCUGCGGAGGUUUUCUUUGCGAGGGAAGAACAGCAUCGCUCAGUUGAGGUCCAGGCCUUGUGCAAGGACAUCCUUAAAAUCGACACCAAAGCUCAAGAGGAGGCCUUUUACCAACAGUGCAAGAUGAACCAAAGCCUGCUGUCGGCACAAAAUCUACCCGACAGCAACGGUCACAUUGAGCCCGACAUGAAGCCUCUCUGGCACCUGGGCACUGUGGCCUCCAGCUUCGUCAUGCUGAACCAAUCCACUGAAAACACCCUGUACAACAUGGCUCAGGUGGCCAACAUCACGCAGCUGCCAACUGAGAACGACCAGCUGAAGUUCGACUGUCACAUACUGCUACAUGAGAUGGUGUCCCAGGAAAUCGUUCACUGGAAACUGCUGUUCACCUGGUCUCCUGUAGGGGGGGUUAAAGUGCCACACAUGGAACAGCUGCCACACUGCCAUGAUUGUGAAAGAUCUACUAACACAAACUAAAGUGCUGCUGACAUUCAUCACACUGCCAUUACAACCAAAACAGCAUCUUGAUGCUCACAUCUUGUAUCCAGCUACUGGAGCAUAAACAUGUUAUGAUGCAGCACAACAUGAAUCCAUCAGAAUAAUGAUGAUGAAUGAUGAUAGCAGUACAUUGUGCUACUUUUCGAGUGCUUUUGGUCGCUGUUGUAUUUUAGCCAAAAUAAACUGUAUAUACAGAU